GGAACGCGGAGGUGUUUCCCUAAGAGAAACCCAACCAAAGAAAAAGGAGAGAGUGGAAAAGAGAAAGACAGAGACGGAGACAGAGGCGGCAGAGGCCAGCCCCCGCCCCCCGCGACGCCAUGAGCGCCGUGGUAGCCCAGGCCCAGCACAUCUUCGGGAUCCGCGCCGGUGUCGUCAACAACCUCUGCUUCUUCGACGAGCAGAUCAUCAUCUUUCCGUGCGGGAACUACUGUGUGAAGUACAACGUGGACCAGAAGUGGCAGAAGUUCAUUCCAGGCUCGGAGAAGAGCCAGGGCAUGCUCGCCCUGGCCAUCAGCCCCAACCGGCGCUACCUGGCCAUUUCCGAGGUCGUGCAGGACAAGGCCACCAUCACCAUCUACGAGCUCUCGUCGGUUCCUUGCAGGAAGCGAAAAGUCAUCAACAACUUCGACUUCACGGUCCAGAAGUUCAUUGCUUUGGCCUUCUCUCCGGACUCCAAGUAUCUUGUGGCCCAUACGGGGACUCCCGAGUCCAACCUCGUCUACUGGAUGUGGGAGAAGCAGAAAGUGAUGGCGAUUAUCAGAACCGAUAAUCAGAACAACCCCAUCUACCAGGUGAGCUUCAAUCCCCAAGAUAAUACUCAGAUUUGUGUCAUUGGAAAUGGAAUCUUUAAACUUUUCCGCUAUGCCGAGGGCACGCUGAAACAGACCAAUUUCGUGCGGGGAGAGCCCCAGAAUUACCUGUCUCACGCCUGGAUCUCUGAAGAACGGAUCAUUGUGGGCACUGACACGGGCAAGCUCUUUCUGUUCGAAUCUGGGGAUCUUCGCUGGGAAACGAGCAUUGUGUGCAGGGAGACGCCCAGCGACACCAAGAAACUGGAGGUGGUGAACGAGUCGGAAAGCCUCAUUGAAUUCCCAACCCCCAGCUCUCCUGACUACUCCAACGAGCAGCUCUUUGUGGAGAAGAGCGAGAGCCAGAAUAUGACGCUCCCCCAGGUGUCGGCCAUUGCCAUCUACUCCAAGGGCUUCGCCUGUUCGGCGGGCCUGGGCCGAGUCCUGCUCUUUGAGAAGAUGGAAGAGAAAGACACCUAUCGGGAGAGCCGGGAGAUCCGGAUUCCCUUGGACCAGCACAGCAAUGACCCGAGCCAGUCCAACAAACAGGAGAUUGUCUGUAUGUGCUUCAGCCCCUCGGAGGAGACGCUGAUCAUCAGCACCAGCAAAAGCCAGCUCUACAGCAUCGCCAUGUCCCUGACGGAGAUCAGCAAGGGGGAGCCCGCCCAAUUUGAGUUUCUCAUGUACUCGCUCCAUUCUGCGGCCAUCACAGGGCUAGCCGUCUGUAUCCGCAAGCCCCUCAUUGCUACAUGUUCCCUGGACCGAUCAGUGCGCAUCUGGAACUAUGAAACCAAUAACCUGGAGCUGUACCGGGAGUACCAGGAGGAGGCGUACACGGUCUCUCUUCACCCCUCCGGGCACUUCACCGUGGUCGGCUUUGCCGACAAACUGCGCAUCAUGAAUCUGCUCAUUAAUGACAUCCGGGCUUUCAAGGAGUUCCCCAUCCGAGGGUGCCGAGAGUGCGCCUUCAGUAACGGAGGUCACCUGUUUGCUGCUGUCAAUGGGAACGUGAUCCACGUCUACACCUCGACCAGCCUGGAGAAUAUCAGCAACCUGAAGGGACACACCGGCAAGAUCAAGUCAGUCGCAUGGAAUUUGGAUGACAGCAAGCUGAUCUCCUGCGGCACAGAUGGUGCCGUGUAUGAGUGGAACCUGACUUCAGGAAAGAGGGAGACUGAGUGCGUGAUCAAGUCCUGCAGCUACAACUGUGUGACCAUCUCUCCUGACUCUAAAAUCAUUUUUGCUGUUGGAAGUGACCAGACUCUCAAAGAGAUUGCAGAUUCUUCGGUGCUCAGGGAGGUGUCUGCCUUUGACGUUGUCUACACGUCGCUGGUCAUCUCCCACUCCGGGCGCAUGGUGUUUGUGGGCACCUCGACGGGCACCGUCCGAUCCAUGAAGUACCCCCUGCCCGUGAACAAGGAGUUCAACGAGUACCAGGCACAUGCUGGGCCUGUCACCAAGAUGACCAUUACGUUCGACGACCAGUUUCUGCUGACGAGCUCUGACGAUGGCUGCCUCAUCACCUGGAAGGUCUUCGACAAGGACGGCCGGGGCGUCAAGAGGGAGCGGGAAGUGGGCUUUGCUGAGGAGGUGCUGGUCACCAAGACAGACAUGGAAGAGAAGGCCCAGAUCAUGCUGGAGCUGAAGACUCGCGUGGAAGAGCUCAAGAUGGAGAACGAGUACCAGCUCCGGCUGAAGGACAUGAAUUACACAGAGAAGAUCAAGGAGCUGACGGACAAGUUCAUCCAGGAGAUGGAGUCCCUGAAGACAAAGAACCAGGUUCUGAGAACGGAGAAGGAGAAGCAAGAGGCCUCCCACAAUACCUAUGUAGAGGAUCUCUUGGAGAAGCAGAGCCGGGAACUACAGGACAUUGAGUGUUGUAACAAUCAGAAGCUGCUGCUGGAGUACGAGAAGUACCAGGAGCUGCAGCUCAAGUCCCAGCGGAUGCAGGAGGAGUACGAGAAACAGCUCCGCGACAACGAGGAGACCAAGAGCCAGGCCCUGGAGGAGCUCACCGAGUACUACGAGGCCAAGCUCCACGAGAAAGCCAGCCUGCUGGAAGAGGCCCAAGAUGACGCCCGGCAGCAAAUGCGAGAGUUUGAAGAGACCAAGAAGCAGAUCGAGGAAGAUGAAGAUCGGGAGAUUCAGGACAUCAAAACUAAGUACGAGAAAAGACUCCGAGAGGAAAAGGAAGCUAACUUACGCCUCAAAGGAGAAACGGGCAUCAUGCGCAAGAAGUUCAGCAGCCUGCAGAAGGAGAUCGAGGAGCGGAGCACGGACAUCGAGGCCCUGAAGGGGGAGCAGACGAAACUCCAAGGGGUCAUCAAGGCUCUGGAGAAGGAUAUUCAAGGCCUCAAGCGGGAGAUCCAGGAGAGAGACGAGACCAUUCAGGACAAGGAGAAGAGAAUCUAUGACCUGAAGAAAAAGAACCAGGAGCUGGAAAAAUUCAAGUUUGUGCUGGACUACAAGAUUAAGGAACUGAAGAAGCAGAUCGAGCCUCGGGAGAACGAGAUCAAAGCCAUGAAGGAGCAGAUCCAGGAGAUGGAGGCAGAGCUAGAGCGAUUCCACAAACAGAACACACAACUGGAACUGAACAUCACGGAGCUGUGGCAGAAGCUCAAAGCUACGGACCAGGAGAUGCGCCGGGAGCGGCAGAAGGAGCGGGACAUGGAGGCCCUGGUCAAGCGGUUUAAGAUCGACCUGCACAACUGUGUGGGCUUCAUCCAGGAGCCUCGGCAGCUGAAGGAAAAGAUCCGCGCGCUCUUCGACAAGUACGUCCAGCAGGCUGACAUGGUGGAGAUCGUGGGCGUGGACACAGACCUGCAGCUGGAGUACAUCCGGCAGAGGGAGCACCUGGAGAGGAACCUGGCCACGCUCAAGAAGAAGGUGGUCAAGGAGAACGAGCUGCACCGCUCCGACAAUGUGCGCAUCAUGCAGGUAGCCCCGCCCUCGGACCCGGGCCGGCGCUCGGGACGCCUCCGGGGGCGGGGAGGGGCCGGCCGAAAGUCUGAGUCCCCCAGCCUGCAUCCACCCCCCGCCCCCGGGCCGGACAGAUGCCCGCCGGCUGCUCCGGCCUCAGCCCCUGGGCCCCCCGCGCCCCGACCCCCUGCCCCCAGGCUCACCCAUCGCCUCUCCGGCCCUUCCACUUCUGCCGAGGGAAAAGCCCGCCAGAUGUUCCGUCACGCUCCGCCUUGGGAAUGCCUCCGGUCCCAGCUGGAGGCCCGGGGAGGCCCCGCUGCAGGGGCUGGGGGAGGGCACCCCCCACCUGGGCGCACGGCCUGGGGCCUGGGCGCGUGCGCCGCCCGACGGGGGCUCACGCCGCGCUCACUGUCCCUUUUUUCUGCAGGAAAAUGUGAGUUUGAUCAAGGAGAUUAACGAGCUUCGAAGGGAGUUGAAGAUCACGCGCGCUCAGGUGCACGACCUCGAGUCGGCUCUGAGGCUCACCAAGAAGCUUCGGCACUCGGAGGUCCCC